AUUCGCUGUUACAUUUUUUUUAUUACUUUUAAAUUUAUGCUACAUUCAUUUGAUCAUCUAUCAGCAUGUAGUUUUUAAAAGUGUGUGAAGGUUUAGCUAGCUUACGUCACGACAUUCUCAAAGUGAGAAUACGAUAAAUACACUUGUCAAAUCAGUGUAUGAUGGCUGGAAUUAAAGAUUAGUAAUUUUGGCAUUUGCUGGAUCUAUUGGUAUGACAUUUGUCAUACUUGGAUGUGCUUUGCCAGCAUAUAAAAUAUGGUGGCCAUUUUUUGUUGUAUUAUUCUAUGUAUUGGCACCCAUUCCAACAAUAAUUGCACGUCGCUAUACAGAUGAUUAUGGAAGUAAUUCCAAUCCAUGUUUGGAAUUGGCUAUAUUCAUAACUAUGGGUUUUGUUGUAUCAUCUUUUGCUCUUCCUAUGGUCUUAGCAAGAUCACCAGCCAAUGAUCCAGUGAUACACUGGGGUGCUUGCUACUUGACAUUAGCGGGUAAUGUUGUCGUGUAUCUAACUUUAGUGGGAUUCUUUAUAACAUCUGAUCAAGAUGACACUUAUUACAACACAUGCUGAAAUGCUGUACUUCAUUGUACUUAUUUAUUUAAUUUUACAUGGUUUUUGCAAAGCAAGAAUGUAAAUCAUAUACUGCACUGACUGACAGUUGUGAAUUAAUUCUAAGUCAUUACAAAAUUUAUAAUAUACUAAUUAUAAUAUUAUCAUAAGUUGUUCAUAAUACAAUCAGUACUAAUGACACAACAAGU